GCCAAAUGGAUCCUGUCUUCUGAGCCUUAGCGCUGCCAAAGGCCGAAACCUGACCGCAACCUUCUUCCCGUAUGCUGAGCCUAUCUCACAGCCUUUUGUUUUGAUCAUGGCCAAACAUAUCGACUCCCCUUCCUUCUCAGGUUCUCCAUGGUCAUAUCAGUAUUUAUAGUGAGGGGAGCUGAGAUUCUCUUAGUGCCUAUCUCUCCUCAUCGACAUGGCACCAUUCGUAGUUCGAGUCGCCGACCUUCGUUCACCGGAAACAAGCAAAGCCCGUUUGCAUCCUCUUGACCUCUCAUUUGCUAACAGAGCAAUCGAAAUUGGUAUUCACGGAAAGUGUGGAUGUGCCACUUGCGAGCAUGCAGGAACAUUCUGUACUUACUACCAGGACGGUGUUCUCGGCAUGAGGGUGGCAUAUCCAUCUCUCUUCUCAAUGGAAAAUAUACCGAAGAGCAUUAAUCGACACUUUUCAACAAAUUAUCAUAUCGACAACGUCAAUAGACUACAUCAGUUGCAAGGCGAAGCACGGAUUCCGUAUGAAAAGCGCCCCUGCGACAUUUGCGGGAAGAUGACCAGUGUGCGUUCUGACGCAUAUAAGAAGCACACAGAGACAUCGGCCUGCAAAGCAAAGGCAAAAGCAGCUCAGCCUCAAGCGGCCUCAAGUGGCGACAAGGAGAUUAUGCACGCCGACUUCUUGGCCGCAGAACCCGCUCCCAUGCAGAUGGGUUAUUGUAGUCGGGCUGCGCCUUUGGCGGUCGAGAACAAUGGGCAGAUUGAAACCCAAUCUUCUGGCACCUCCGGCGCAUACUCGGCGGUAGCUAGUACUGAAGGAACAUUCACAUUACCGUCCGACAAUGCUUUUUUCCAUUAUGGGUCGGGCGACGCGAAUGGCCCAUACUACAGUCGUUAUGUUCCUUCCCUCUACCAUUGCCACCAGUUUCCUAUUUCCCACCCUAUAAUGCCCUAUUCUCCUGAUAUAUCCUAUCCGUCUUAUCAUCACACUAUCAACUCAAACCAGUACCCUCUGAACCUUCAAUUCCAAUCGCCGCUGAGGUCAAGGUCUUAUGAUGGAAGGAUUGUAGGCGGGGAGUUUAUCGAGUUUAACGCAUAUUCACAGUCCAUAUAGACGGAGAACUCUCGGCUGUGUAGUUGAUCCCGUUUCGUUGUUUUCUUCCCUUUCGUGCUUUGCCAUUGCUUUUUCGACACCCGUUGAUGACAUGCUGUGCAUAUCAAACUGUUCAUGAUAGAGCAUCUGAAGACCAUCAUAUACGGAUACAACCUCAGGUCGGAGUUUUCGUCACUUGAAGGUACGAAGUUAAUCCUGACUAACACGAG